AGUCAAAAUUAAUGGGCCGAGUCAAGAGGCGACAGUUUUGUCGAGAAAAUCAAAUUACACUACGUUCGUUCUAUGUUCCUAGUUAAAUCUGUGAAAUGGAGCGGACGAUUAAUAAGAUGCGAUACUAUCUGAAGGAUGAGGUGGUCUCGCACAACAAGAAGGACGACUGCUGGGUGAUCAUACACACGAAUAUCUUUGAUCUGACGCCCAUGUUGAAGGAUCGCCUGGACCACUGGAAUCGCACCCUGGACUAUCUGGUAGCCCAUGCCGGCAAGGACCUCACCCAUUUCUUCCACAAGAACGGAGAGCCUCGCACGGAGAUCUCGCCCAGCACUGGGCGACCACGUGUCCUGUUUCCUCCCAUCUUGGAGGUGGCCAUCUCGGAGUUCUCCAAGACGCCGGGUGUCAUGUGGAGCCAGGACCCCUUCUACCACAUCGGCAGGGUGACAAAACGAGCUCGGGUCAUUCGGAUUGUUAACACCCUGACUGCCCAGACGCAAUUCAUGACCGUUUGCGACGAGGACAGCAUCUACGACAUCCAGCAGAAGUACAAACAGCGAUACAAUCACCACGCCGGUAGUUACGAGUGGAGGAAGUUCUCGAAGGGGGGCAAAGGCUGCAGUGUCCUGGACCUGAAUGGCACCCUGGACGAGAAUGGACUGAGGGACGAGGAGGACAGCACCGUGGAGCUGCCGCCGCCCUCCAUUUGGCUGUACUACACGGAUGACAUAACAAUUGCUUGAUUAUUCCGCUUGUGAUUAAUUGUUAUUGGAAAUUUCUUGUGCUGUUUCGGCUGCAAGUUAAGCUCAUUUCAAGCUAGA